AUGAAUGAUGAAGACUACGAGGCACAUGAAGCAAAAGUGGCUUCAUACAAUACAUAUGAGUAUAAAUGUCAUUUUUAUUUCUUAAAUUGCCUUACUGAUCAAUUUUAUGUUUACUAUGACACCACUUAUACUUCCGCAAAGAAAAUUUGGAAAGCUUUACACACUAAGUAUGAUAUUGAAGAGGCAAAAGUAAAAAAGUAUACAGCUAGCCGAUUUUUUCGCUUCCAAAUAGAGGAUGGAAAAUCUGUUGCCGAGCAAGCACAAGAUUUCCAAAUGGUAGUUGCAAAAAUAAGUUCUGAAAGCAUCAAGAUUGGUGACAACUUGAUAGUUACAGGACUUGUUAACAAGUUACCGCCAUCUUGGAGAGAAUUCCAAAAAAGCAUGCGCCACAAACAAAAGGAGACUUCCUUAGAGGCGUUGGUCACUCGCAUUCGAGUCGAAGAGGAGGCUAGAGGCCAAGAUGCAUUAAUAACACAAGAGGGUAAUGACAAUUCUACUACAAAGGCUAACGUUGUCGAGGAGCCAUUUGUAGCGAUGAUUACAGACAUUUGCAUGGUUAAUUAUGUGGAUGGUUGGGGGGUAGAUUUUGUUGCUAAUAGACAUGUUUGUUAUGAUAAAGCUUGGCUCAAGGUGUAUACUCCCUUUGAUGAUGAGAAAACAAUUAUGCUUGGUGACUCUAGUCAAACUAAGAUACUUGAGAGUGGUGAGGUUGACCUUAAGUUCACCUCUGGACGUGUGCUUACUUUAAAAGAUGUGCUUUAUACACCAUCCAUGAGGAAGAAUUUGAUGUCAAGUUAUUUGUUGAAUAAGAUUGGCUUUAAGCAAACUAUGGAAUCUGAUUAA